UGUCUCCUCUUGCAUGUUACUCCCUUACUCACUUGCAGCUUGAACAUGCUAGUGGCUUCAGGCAGUCAGCUUUUGCUUGUGCUCCUUGGGAUAACAUAUCUUAGAGAAAGCAGCUCUACGCCGCUCUUUGUACAACAAGGUUCUAAAUGUGGGCAGAAACUCCAGGAUGCAAAUCCGUGGCACACCUAUGGCUAUCUCUCUAGGAUUGUUGGUGGGAACCAGGUGCAACAAGGCUCACACCCAUGGCAGGUCUCCUUGAAAAGAAAUAACCACCAUUUCUGUGGAGGAACCCUGGUUUCUAGUCAGUGGGUGAUCACAGCAGCUCACUGUGUUUUAAGCAGGUACCUGCUCAGUUCCCUGACUGUCACUGCUGGAGAACAUGAUUUGAAUCUGAAAGAUGAGGAAGAACAGAGUCUGCAUGUAAAAUCCAUCAUCAAACAUCCAAAGUUUAACCCCAAAAAACCAAUGGAUUAUGACAUCGCUCUUCUGAAAAUGAAUGGCCACUUCAAAUAUGGUUCAGCAGUCUGGCCAGUAUGCCUUCCUGAUCCACAUGAGAAGUUUGAUCCAGGAUUUAUAUGCAUCACUUGUGGGUGGGGUCGUUUAAAAGAAAAUGGACUGCUCCCUGAAGUCCUGCAUGAAGUGGAGUUGCCCAUCUUAGACCAGAAUGAGUGUUCUAGAGUCCUGUCGACCUUAAAGAAACCUAUUCGAGGUGACACUGUCAUGUGUGCUGGGUUCCCAGACGGAGGAAAGGAUGCUUGCCAGGGAGAUUCUGGGGGCUCCCUUGUGUGCAGGCGUGAGCAUGGUUCUUGGACCCUGGUUGGGGUGACCUCAUGGGGCAUAGGAUGCGCUCGCAGCUGGAUGCACAACUUGAAAAAAAAGUAUGAAAGAAGAGGAACACCAGGGAUUUUUACAGAUCUUAUUAAGGUGCUCCCUUGGAUUCAACAACAUAUGGACACCGAUGUUAAAAUGAAAAGUUCUACAGCAUCCUGCAGUGUUCAGGAUGGAAAACUCCCUGACAAUGAAGGAAGGCUCCUUUUCCCUGGAUAUCCCACACAUUUUUAUCAGGCCAACCAGCUGUGUGUUUGGACCCUCCGUGUCCCCGAAGGAAUGCAUAUACUGCUGAAUUUUUCUCAUUUUGAUGUGGAGCCAGAUGCAUUCUGUGACUAUGAUGCCUUGUCCGUGAUUUCGACGAAUGACAGGCUCAUUGGGAAAUUCUGUGGGAUGGAUCCCCCAUUACCCAUUUUGGUUGGCUCCAACAGUGUGAGGCUAAAAUUUGUUUCUGAUAACAAGGAACAUGGAACAGGAUUUUCCAUGAUGUAUCAAGCUAUUAAGCCAGCUAGUCUUCUAGAUUCUGGCUGCAAUUCCUUGGCCGUCCUCUUUGAAGAAGGAACACUGCAAAGCAUGCACUAUCCUGAGGCAUACAGUAACCUGGCAGAUUGCCAAUGGAUUGUUCAUGCUCCAGAAAACUAUGUGGUCAAGCUUGCAUAUGAAUAUUUUGAACUGGAAGAAAAUGAGGGCUGUGCUUAUGAUUCGGUGACGGUCUAUGAAAAUGUAGCCAAGGAGAACGAAAUAGCUCGAUCGUGUGGCUUUGCUAUCCCAGCACCAGUUCUGAGUUCCUCUAGUUCCAUGCUAGUUGUAUUUCAUUCAGAUGAAACUGAGACCUUCGGUGGAUUCAAGGCCAGAUUUUCAUUCAUCCCUGUUUCAGAUUUAAACCUUUCGAAUUCAAGCAAUGAAGUGAUGGUUCCUGAAGAAAUAAGCAACCCUACAAAUGAAACUGACAUGCCUGCUGACACUUGUGGAGUAGCAUCAAAUCAGCCCAGGUUUCUCUUCACUCGAAUAGUUGGAGGCGAGGAAGCAGUACCACAUUCUUGGCCUUGGCAGGCCAGCAUACAAAUUUUGGGUGAGAACCUCUGUGGAGGUACAGUUCUUACAAGCACAUGGGUCAUCACUGCUGCUCACUGUUUUAAGGAAAAGGAACGAUACAAGGAUCUUUGGAGAGUAGUGGUUGGUGCCCAUGACAUACAAGACCAAGAACAAAACAGUCAGAAAAGAUCAGUGAAGCAGUACAUUCCACAUCCAGAUUUUAAUGCCACUACAACAGAUUCAGACAUUGCAUUGGUGCAACUGACAGAACCUUUAGAAUUCAAUCAUUAUGUUCGUCCUGUGUGUCUACCUAAGAGAAAUGAAACAGUUGAACCUUCAACAGUGUGUGUCAUUACUGGAUGGGGCAUUCAGUUUGAAGAUGGAGAAAAAUCUAGAAAACUCCAUCAGCUUGAAGUUCCUAUUUUAGUUUCUGAAGAAUGUCAGAAAUACUAUAAGAACCAUUCAGGUUCUCUGAAUGAACGGAUGUUCUGUGCCGGAUUCCCUGCUGAAGGAGGAAAGGAUGCAUGUACAGGUGAUUCAGGAGGUCCACUGGUUUGUCCUUCAGAAGACUCAAUCUACUACACUCUUAAUGGAAUAAUAAGCUGGGGCCUGGGCUGUGGACGAAAAGGCUACCCAGGAGUUUAUACAAAUGUUGCUUCUUUCAUUGACUGGAUUGGUCAGCACAUAUAUCGAAACAACUCGUCAAACAAGGCAUGAAGAUCAUGAAUCAUUUUAAGCUUUUGAAGCAACCACCAUAUGACAUGCUGAAAGACAUAGUACUGUAGUUCUAAAACAACAUUGCCCGGUUCAUGUAUAUGACUCCUAGCAACCUCGUAUCCAAAACUUCUGGAUUGCAUACAGUAUAUCAUAACCCAAAAGUAAAUCAACCCCACAACAAAAACUGCAGUGGUCAGACCAGCAAAUAAUAUCUGUAUAGCCUUGGACACCCACCCUUUUCAUUUAGAAAACCAGUAAGAGUAACACAAACUCAGAAGUAAAUCUCACUCAGGUCAAUGGGAUAAAAGUAUCCUCAGAACUGAAACCGUGGCUAUACUCUUCUUAAACCACUUAUUUCUAAGUAAAAAUAGGUCUGGUAGUAAGUUUAUACAAUGUUUCAAGUUAGCAUACUUCUAUUAUGUAAAAUUACAUAUAUAAUCUUCAAAUGCAUGAAUAUGCAUAUCUUUUUUUUCUUUAACUUACCAGUAAAAUCAAUUUCAGACAUUUAAAGGAAGCAAUGAGAGGAAGAACAUGUUUUUCAUUAUCCUUGCUCUAUGCUUUUGGGUCUUAUCUACAGAUAGCUGCACAACCCCGAUGGGGAGAUACUCUAUCUCUGUAUUUGGGGUAACCAUUCAUUAAUAAAGAUUCAAUUAUGUGCUUGUAAUUUAAAUUUGUGUAUAGUAUUUGUCAGACUGCAGGCCCCAUGAUCCCUUAACACUGAAUGUGGUGGCUAAUGAUUGGCAUUAGAGUCCAGCAAUGCCCACUGAUGAAGCCCCAGUGGCAUAAAUUUCAGUGGUGAAUUGCUGCCGGUUAAAAUAUCACCACUUGUUUAUAUUGUCUUUUGCCAAGUCAUGUGACUUCUGUGUGAUAAAUAAAACAAGCACUGAUGGCUAUACCCCACUGGAGUUUCAUCACUGGAAAUAAUGGACAAUAUUUGAGCCAUCUGUUUUUAAAAAUCAUGAUUGUUACAAUUCUUCUGACAAAUAAAAAUUUGAG